AUGGGGUCCAUGAAAACUUCCACCAGUCAUACUGCUGCAUGGCUGAGCUCCACAUCCACAACCUUUGUGAUGGAUAUGAUCCUUGCCUUUGCUUGUGGACUGGGGCUUUUCCUUGAAUUACUUCCCUGGCUCCAGUGUGAACCAUCCCUACCAGCAUCCAGGAAGAGGAGAAACAUCAGAAAGCAUCCAGUGCAGAUGAAGUGGACAAGCAGGAGUAGGAAGAGGACUGGCACUUUCAGAGCUGAGGGUAGCAGGGAUUUACAGAAGGUGAGGUUCCAGUUGAGGGAGGACUUGGGCAAGAGUCUUGGGCAUAUUCCAGGCAAGGCCCCAAAAGAUGUCUCCAGGGCCUUAGGAAGCUCCCCAAGAACAGUUCAGGGGGUGAUCUUGGAGAACCACAUGGAAACCAGAAAGUCACCAUACCGCAGGGCUCAGGAAACCAAUGUUUGUCCCAUCCAGAAGUUUUGCAUCUCAAAACCAUGCAACCUGCAGGCUCUUGAGAUACACAUCACAAGGUUUAGGGUGAGGCACAGGUGGGGCCUCCCACUCAAGUUUCUCAAGGCCAUAAACAUCUUUAGACCCACAAAGGCUCCACUCUUUCACCCUUUCCACUGUUUGCCCUUCCCUCCUCAUCUGGGAUUUCAUGGGCUCUCUUGACAGUUGAGGAUGUCAUGUU